CUGAUUAUGAAGGCACUCCCGAGUCAAGAUUUUCUUCGGACGGUCGUCAAAGAAUGAUGUCGUCGCUGUUGCGCUGGGUGGACACAGAGGACGAAGAUGAGGACGAUAGCGAUUGGAUGCCCGAGUACGAGGGCGAGUCCGCCUCGCUAGCAUUCGAGGAGGACGACGGUACGCCAGUCAUCUCCUCGGAGGAGCGCGCCAAGUUGGACAAAGUGUUCGACGGUGAAACGUAUGCCCCACGAGCCUUUCGCCGCUCCGAGUUCGAGAAGAAGCAGCGGGAGCAGAUUCCGUUCGAGCGCAUCGCACACCAGCUGCGUGGCUAUAACGAGGACUCGUCCGCAUCCUCUCUUUCGCGCAAACAGCUCAUGUUCCGCACCUUGUGCCACCGCGAGCAGGUGGGUACCUCGUCCAAGGCGCAACUCAUCAAGCUGCAGGAGACCUUCAUGCCCUUCCAGGAGAACAAGCAGUGUCGUGUCGUUGACUCAGUGCGCGAUCGACUGUACUGCGGCGGAUUCAAUAGUACCGGAUCGCGAUUUUUAACUGCCGGUCAGCGCGGAGAGAUCAUGCUGUAUGAUACCAUUGACUGGACUCACACGGCGUUCCUGCCCGUGCGUGACGUCAGUUGGACAGUCACCGAUGCUAAGUUCACACCCGACGAUAGCAACGUCGUGUACUCCACCAUCAAUAGCAACGUUCGUAUGGUGAGCACAAACUAUGAAGAAGAUGGGAAAGAGCAAGUAUUCGCGCUGGCACGCCCGACGAGAGGAAGGGGGGAUAGUAACCCAAUGCGAAUGAGUCGUUUCGGGCGCUUUGGUGUAUGGUGCAUUGACAUUAAUGCGUCUGGAACGGAAUUUGUAGCUGGAACGUCUCAGAGCAGUGUCGUAUUGAUGGACAUGGAGACCCGCGUACCACUGUGUCACGUUGUAGGUCACCAUGACGAUGUCAACGCUAUUGCGUUCGUCGAUGGUCCUCUGCAUACCAAUGUAUUUGUGAGUGGUUCAGACGACUCGCUGAUCAAGUUGUGGGACCGUCGUGUGCUGUCUGAGUCGAACCCGAAGCCACAAGGUGUGUUUCCUGGCCAUACUGACGGUAUCACGCACAUAUCGUCGCGUGAUGAUGGCUACUACUUCAUCUCGAACUCAAAGGAUCAAACCACUAAGCUCUGGGAUAUUCGGAAAUGCUUCUCGUCGGAUAACUACGACAAACUACCUGCGUUCCGCAGACCUUACUCGUGGGACUACCGCUACCAAGCGUAUCCGGGUCGCAAUAUGAUGCCAGUGGAGCAUCCAAACGACAAGUCCGUCAUGACGUACCGAGGCCACAUGGUGAUCGAAACGCUGAUCCGCUGCUACUUCUCGCCGCUGCAUUCGACUGCCCAAAAGUACAUCUACACAGGCUCAGCAGACGGUCGCGUGUACGUGUACGACAGUAUAUCUGGUGACCUUGUAGAGAUCUUUGCUAUGAAGCCCAACGGCCUCACUCGCGACGUGCGUUGGCAUCCGUUCGAACCCACGAUCGUGUCCCCGGAUUUCUAUGGCAAGUUGUGUGUCUGGCAGCGCCAGGAUGAAGAACAAGAGCAGCCACCCAGUCGACCAACACCAACUCGGCGUUCUGCACGCCUUCGCCAUCUACGAGGUUAUUAAGAUGCACGGCAGGUCAAAGUUUAUGGGUAAACAGUGCACGGACCUACUCGAGCAAUAAAUGUAUUCAUCUUUAUCACUAAAUGGCUACAAAUUUGCGCA